UUUUUUUUUUUUUUUUAAAGCUGCAGCCAAGUGCACCUGUUAGGAAGGAGUAAGCCAUGGCUUUACCGGAUAGUGGCAUAUCUGGGGAAGAGGUACCCUUCCCAGAGAUUAUAGAGCUCAAUGUUGGUGGGCAGGUAUACAUAACCCGCUAUUCUACACUCACAAGUGUGCCAGACUCCCUGCUGUGGGAGAUGUUCAGUCGAAAGUCAGCCAAAGGACUGGCCAGGGACACCAAGGGUCGCUUCUUUGUGGAUCGGGAUGGCUUCCUGUUCCGUUACAUCCUGGACUACAUGCGGGACCAGCAGCUGGUUCUUCCAGACCACUUCCCGGAGCGCGGGCGUCUGCAGAGGGAGGCUGAGUUCUUCAACCUACCGGAGCUUGUGAAGCUGUUGGCGCCCAAAAUCAGCAAGCAGAACUCCCUUGGCGAGGAGGGAUGUCAGAGCGACCCAGAGGACUCCUCGCCUGUGAUUGAGUCGGCCCGUAACCUCAGCUCCCUGGGUGCCGCUGCCGCCGCCUGUGCCAGCCUGGUGCCCGGCGCCAUGGAUGGCAAACGGUCCGGGUUCAUCACCAUUGGCUACCGAGGCUCAUACACCCUGGGCCGUGACAGUCACACCGAUGCCAAAUUCCGCCGGGUGGCACGGAUCAUGGUGUGUGGGAAGACCUCUCUGGCCAAAGAGGUGUUUGGGGAGACGCUGAACGAGAGCCGUGACCCCGAUCGCCCACCUGAGCGCUACACAUCCCGCUACUAUCUCAAGUUCACCUUUCUGGAGCAGGCUUUUGACAAGCUGGCUGAUGCGGGCUUCCACAUGGUGGCCUGUAAUUCCACAGGAACCUGCGCCUUUGCCCAUGAGCAGACGGACGACAAGAUCUGGACCAGCUACACUGAAUAUGUGUUCUACCGUGAGUGAGACUAUCGGCUUUGUUCCCCCUCGGUCCCCUACCCUGUCUCCAAGUGCCCCCUCCUCCUCCAGCCUCCAGCCAUCCUGUCCUACUCUCUCUGAUGGCUCCUGCACCAGUAGAUGUACCGUAGAUGUUGUGCCCUUGCAUCUCUCUGCAGCCCCCCCAGCUUUUAUCCCAUGAACAGCAACUGCUUUGACUCAUACCUUCUCUGCAGGUCGAAUCUGCAGCCCUUCCCCCCCUUCAACCCCAGAUUCACCCCCUCUUUCAUCCUCAGGUGCAGCUUUUGCCCUUGCUUAGUUGUAGUCCCCAGUCCUCAACUACAGCAACUCCAUAGCCUUUCCUGCAGAGACUGAUACCUUCUAUGUACUAUUUCCCUUUUGUACUCUAUAUAUUAUAUAUCUGCCUUGGUGAAGCACAAUACUGUAUCCAAGAGCUAAUUUUGUUAAAUAAGCACCCCAGUGUGUCUACAUGACUAUUGAAACAGUCAUAAGGGCAUAAGGGAAAGGGCUUCAAAGAGUGACCCUGAUGUACACUGCUGUACUUUGCCUGCAGAUCGGACUCUCUCCUGCUCCUCUGAAAUAAAUUACCAAAUAAUUGGACAUCUUAUCAGCCUUGAGGGACAUGAGCACAGCUCCCCAGCACAAGAAAGAAGUGUAACACAAAAAUCAAUUUUCCUUCAGUUUUUAUUAUAUGUGUCCAGUACCAUGCAGUUGGGAACGUGCCAUAUAGUAGUUUAUCUGUUCAGCUUGUGUUAUGAAUGACUGAGGGUUAUCAAUAAUACAGACACAUGGACAGGGGGAAAAAAAAUGCAUUAGACUUUUUUUAUUUUGAAAGGGAGAAGUAGAUCAUAGGUGUGUGGAGUUUCUUUUUCAAGAAGGAGCUGUCUGUGCGGCAAAUGAACAAGCAACAGGCUUUGAUUAAAAAAAAACAAAAACAAUGAAAGCUCAAAUAUCAAGAGAGAUCUCGUAGACAGACAGAAAAAAAAAGGUUCUCAGAUGAAGUGUGUAUUGAUUUUGCAAGGGAGCUUUCAGUAUUUUAAUCACCCACGCUGGGAGGGCAGAGGAGAUGGAAGGUGUUACAUCACUCGCAGCUCACUGCUCAUAUUUGUUCACUCAUUGUGCUUCUUUGACAUUUCUUUGCUCAAUUAGUCUACAUAUUUAAGAGCAUUUUUCCAGUGAAGCGCUUCUUGGGACAGGCUUACACCAUGUUGUUUCCAGAAAAAAAAAAAAAGUGGUAGUCACCUUAGCGGAUCACGUUUUGAGUGUUCUGUAAACAAUAAUGUUAUUCUCAAUACUCAGUCCAGUAUUAGUUGAAGCUGUUGCAUAUUUGAUGAUAGCUCUCACUUUCUGUAAGUGAGUACUCAAAAAAAGGGUAGGGUUACGUCGUAGACAGCCAAACACCAAUGUUUUCUCAGCACUGUAGCAAGGGCAUUGUGAGGGCAGUUUAUAGUGAGCAGGUGUAACUUAAGUUAUAAGGGAGCGAGUUAAGAAAGAGGGUCAUUUCCAGAUACAGCCUCAGGACAGGUCUGCACAUCAUAUACCUCAGACUAUAACACAAACUGAAGGCACGCAGAUCCAUUAAAAGCUCCAGCUGAUGACGUGAAAAUGAAGACACGGUUAGGAAAAUAUCCCAAAUUAGAUGCUGUAGGAGGACUGAUGAAUAAGAGGUUGAAUAUAAAGUGAAUUUUGAGUUGAGAAACAGCCAUCAAGGCAGUAUAGUACAGGAUUUCUCCUGAGCUAGAAGGUGUCAGGUUGUAGUUUUGGCAGAACGUCUGACAGUGACAAUAAAUGUAUUCUGAAAUGUCUAGAAACCGCAUUGUUGUGUUUCAGUGUGAUGAAGUGCUGUUGACAUCUCAGUCAAUAUGUUAGACCUGCUGCAGUGUCGCUGCAGGCGUAGACAACACUGAAAUUAAAAGUGUUCAGCAAAAAGCAAAUUGAUUUGUCAAAUAAAAAGAUGUUUUCUUUCUAUUCGGGUUGUAUUUUCCAUUCAUAACACAAUGUUUUCUCAGCAUUGAAUGGUAUUCAGCACAAACUAUGAGGAAAGUUUACGUUUUUUAAUUUCCACUGACAAUACGACUCAAUCACAAGUACACCAUUCAAAUUUUCAUCUCAUCACUUCCCAUAAAAGGAAAUGUCCUUGGACAUAAACUACAUAUUAAAUGUUCAACACUCUAUCCUCAGGCACCAUCCUCCCUCUUCCUCCCAUCUGCCUUUCCACUGUUUCUCCACAUCUUUUCCUCUUUUUUGUUCAGUUGACCAGAAAACAGAGCCGUGGUAGAAAUGAGGACAUGCAUAGAUAACAGGCUCUGUUAAAGCAGAUUACAAAACCCUUAUUUUGUUUCCUAUAAUUGACCUAAUUACUACGUAUAGUAAAGAAAAUCUUAAAAUAGAUUGGGCCUAAAAUGCAGGACUGUGAAAUACUUUGAAAAUAAUACCGUAGUUUUAUAGGCUUCACAAGAUUAGAGAUUGUUUUUGACUGCAUUUUUAUUAAGUACACCCACAGACAGAAAAGUGUGCAUAUUUUACAUUUGAACAACAACAAGGGUCAUGUUUAUGUGAGUAAAGCAGGCACAUGUUGUUUUAUAAACUCUGACUCAUAUAAGUUUUUUCAUAAGAGAUUAUCCCCUGCUAAUUACGUUAGUAUAAGACCUCUAAACCUGAUCUCAGUCUGGCCUAGAUAAAAGCAUAGCUGAUGAGCCUCACAAAAACUGUUGAAAAAUUUAUGUGGCUCCCUUCCUGGAAAAUAGAUGAUUUUUGUUGCGGUCUGGAAUGCAUGGCAAAUCCGGACAAUACCGUGCCUGUAGUGUCUCUUCAGCCCAAACAAACACAGUCACAGACAGCAUUCCUCUGUCACUGUCCUCUGGCACACUACUGCAACACUGGAGCGCCAAGGUCAGUCAUUAGCACAAGCAUGGAGAGACACGCCUCGUGUGAAAUUUCAGGCAUCAGUGUUCUAAACUGUUCUCGCUCUUCACGUCCAUGAGUUGCCUUGAGACUCAACAUUCAACAGUAGACGUGUGAGAAGUGUUGACACUCCGACAUUGAACAGCAGCGAGGUCCACAUGCCAAGCUGUGUUGAAAUGCUCCUUGGGUUUUUUUCUUUAUCUAUCUUUUUUUUAAUGCUCUGUUGUGAAACUUGUGGCUGAAAAGUGUAGCACGCCUGCUCCUGCGCCAUAUCCAAAAGCAG